AUGGCGGAAAACUUGUUAUUAGAUUUAUCACAAGAUAUUGGUCAACUUCUUAUUUCUGGAGAUAAUUAUGAUUUAAUUAUUCAAGCUGGAGAAGAAAUCGUUGAAUUAAUUUUAAAAUAUAUAUAUACUGGAUUAGUUAAUUUUAAUAAACAAAAUGGAUCACAAAUGUUAAAACUUUUAAUGGCAUCUGAUGAAUUGAAUUUGCAAAAAUUAAGUGAUUAUAUUCAAACUUGUUGGAUUGAUAACCGAGUAGAAUAUUUAAAAAAUGAUCCCGUUGACAUUCUUCAAAUUAUAUUUCGGCAUGGGGGAUGUGAAGAUUUACGUAAAUUUUGUUUAAAUUCUAUCUGUGAAAAUCCUAAAAUACUUUUUGAAUCUCCAAAAUUCACUUCAUUGGAAACGGAUCUUAUCAUUCUUUUCUUAAAAAAUAAUGAACUUGAAAUGGAAGAAAUUGAAAUUUGGGAAUUUGUACUUAAAUGGGCUCUUGCGAGAAUGUCAACUCAAUAUAAUGUUGAUAACUUAUCUCAAUGGACAUCAAGUAACUUUAAAGAAUUGGAAAAAAUUCUACACGAUUUAAUUCCACAUAUUAGAUGGUUUCAAAUUCCUGCAAAAGUUUUUUGGAGAAAGGUUAAUCAAUUUGAGCCAAUAUUUCCAAAACAACUUUAUAAAGAUAUUAUUGGGUAUCAUUUUGAUCCUGACACGCCACCAGUUAAUGCAGUAUUACCUUUAAGACGGAAUUUAUCUUAUAUUGACUCUGUUCUUAUCGAAAGAGAUCAUUUAUCAAUAAUUGCAAGCUGGAUUGAUAAAAAAGAAAAGUCUUUUUAUGACACUAAAAGUACUCCUUAUCUAUUCAAACUUCUUUAUCGUGCAAGUAGAGAUGGAUUCGAGGCUGCAAAAUUUCAUGAAUUAUGUGAUAACAAAGGUUCAACCAUUAUGAUAUCAAAAUUAAAAGAAAAUGGCCGGUUAAUUGGAGGUUAUAAUCCAUUAAGUUGGCAACGUUAUAGUACUAUUGUUCAAAAUAAUGGAACUUGGCAAUCUACACUAGAUAGUUUCUUAUUUUCUUUUAUAAAAAAGGAAGAAAUUAAUUCGGCAUUUAUAACAAGAGUUAAAAGUAAUAAAAAUUCUGCAGUAAGUUAUGAUUUAAAAUAUGGUCCUGCUUUUGGUGGCGGAUGGGAUUUAAUUAUAGAGCGUAACAUUAUUAAGAUAU